UCAUUUUCAUCUUGUACUAAUAGCCAUGUUAGGAGUGUAUUCGCUAUUAAUUAUGCUGACUAACACAGUAAACACAGAAACUACCUUUGAGUUAACAUUUCCCAUUUGCCUUCUACCAAAGUUUUAGUGACUUUAUUGGCUUGUAGUUCCGUUUUUUAUAUUAGCAACAUCGUUAAAUGUAGUUCUGUAGUGUCAUAUUGACUGGAUUGUUUUAUUUCUAAGUAAAAGCUAUCUUGUGGGACAAACUGUCCAAGCAUACCUAACCGAACUGUCUCCCCAACAUUUUUUCAGUAUUGAGAAACAACACGCAUGUAACAUUGUCGCGUUCUGAUUGGCUCCGGCGGGUCUCUAGCUCAGCCACGGGCCAAUAGGGAGGCGGUGUUGUUUGUGCACAGCUCCUGCGCUGAUAUAAAGCGACAGCAAUGAGGGAUGAGAGGAGAAAUAGUGAUUCAAAGAAGCCAAAGAGACGCCCUACAUGUGAAUUUCCACCCGGGGUCUGCGCGUUUGUCGUCGUGGGGCAUUCGGACCUGCAGAGGCAGAUCUGACCGAGGACGGAGCGUCUCUAUUGAAUCCACAGACUCAGGCUCCGGCAGCCUGCCUCACCUCUAGUCAGUCCAGUGCUACCUCCGACCCAGCUGAGAUGGCUCCCACCCUGGCCACGGCUUUCUCCCGCCGCUGGUGGAUGGCGGUGACGGCAGUCAUUGAGAACUUGCUGUUCUCUGCUGUGCUGCUGGGCUGGGGAUCCCUGCUCAUCAUGCUCAAGUCUGAGGGCUUCUACUCGUACCUGUGCAAAGGACCAGAAAACAGCUCCAGCCUCAACCUCGCCAACACGUCCACUUCUGCACCUUCUGAUUCUGAGGAGUACCUGGAGAUGAAUGGCUGGCCCAUCUGUAAGGACCAGGACGAAAUGCUGAACCUGGCCUUCACUGUGGGCUCCUUCCUGCUGUCUGCCAUCACCCUGCCCAUGGGCAUUGUCAUGGACAAAUAUGGUCCACGGAAGUUACGACUUCUGGGCAGUGCUUGCUUUGCCUUCUCCUGCCUCCUCAUCGCCUACGGUGCCAGUGAUCCCAACAAUCUGUCCAUCCUGAUCUUCUUCGCUUUGGCGUUGAAUGGGUUUGGAGGCAUGUGCAUGACCUUCACUUCUCUGACGCUCCCCAACAUGUUUGGAGACCUGAGGUCGACUUUCAUUGCCUUGAUGAUUGGAUCCUACGCCUCCUCUGCUGUCACUUUCCCUGGCAUCAAGGUGAUCUAUGAUCUGGGUGCCACCUUCAUCACCAUCCUGACGGUUUGGGCCGCCUGCGCCUGCCUUGUCUUCUUCAACUGCUUCGUCAACUGGCCUCUGGAGCCCUUCCCCGGCCCAGAGGACAUGGACUUCACGGUGAAGAUCAAGUUCAGCUGGCUGGGCUUUGACCACAAGAUCACAGGGAAGCAGUUUUAUCGGCAGGUUACCACCGUGGGGCGCCGUCUCAGUGUCGGCAACUCCAUAAAGCAGCAGCACCAGCCCCCCAAAGACCUGGCCACGCAGGAGGCCAACAAGCUGUGCCUGUCCACCGUCGACCUGGAGGUGAAGUCCAAGACCAAGGAGGAGACUCAGUCCUUCAUGAAGAGUAUCUUCAGUCCCAUCUUCUUGCUGAGCCUCAUCACCAUGUGUGUGACCCAGCUGCGCCUCAUCUUCUACAUGGGAGCCAUGAACACCAUCCUGGAGUCCCUGACAGAGGGAGACCUCAGCAAAGUGGAGCGGAUGCAAGUGGUGAGUGUUUACACGUCCAUCUUUGGCGUACUCCAGCUUUUGUGUCUGAUCACCUCUCCUGUGAUUGGCUACGUCAUGGACUGGAGGCUCAAAGACUGCGAGGACGAGAAUGACAAGAGUGCCAAGAGGGAGCCUGGUCAGCCCCGUCGCCCCGACAAACAGAUUCAGAAGAUCAUCAACGCCACCAGAGCCUUCAUCUUCACCAACCUACUCCUGGUCGGCUUUGGAUUCACCUGCAUCAUCUCCAACCUGCCACUUCAGAUUCUGUCCUUUAUCCUGCACACUAUUGUCAGAGGCUUCAUCCACUCUGCAGUCGGAGGCCUCUAUGCUGCUGUGUACCCGUCCUCUCAGUUUGGCAGCCUGACAGGCAUGCAGUCUCUGAUCAGCGCUCUGUUCGCCCUGCUCCAACAGCCUCUCUUCAUGGCCAUGGUGGGACCCCUGGAGGGAGACCCUCUAUGGGUGAACGUGGGUCUGUUGGUGCUGAGCCUGCUGGGAUUCUGCCUGCCCUGCUACCUGAUGUGCCACAGCCGCCACCUCCAGCGCCUUAGAGACGAGCACGACGAGGAUCCCAAGAUCUAUGUCAAGAUCAACAACGGCAGCAAGCCCGAGGCCUUUGUCUAGACCGGGGGGGGGGGAAGAACGGAGAAGAAAAUGUUUUGUUUUUUUUAAACUGGAGAGGACGAGCUACACUAAAAAGAGAAGGACAGAGAGAAGAAGAGAGGGGAGGGGAAAGUGAUCAUGCGACACGUGUGAUAAAUCCCUUCACCCUGUCCACCCUGACGCCGCUGCACCUCUCGCAGUUCAUCUGCAUUUAGGCGACUCACUCCUCCCUUACAUUCCCUAUAAACACACUCACACCAUUUUACUGCCAAUCAUACGUGGUCAGAUGUGACACCCAGUUUCACCCUCUCUGAUACUAUACACUGUGAGAACCCUGACACACACGCCUCUUCAAGCCCCAUGGAGAGCCCCACUCCCUCAGCUGCAUCUCUUAACUGAGGAGAAAAUAGACUAAUGGGAGAAAGAAGCAGUGGCGAACUCUUUAUAUCCCCCCAAAUGACUCCUCUACACAUCUUUUCUUCACUCUUGUCAUUUUUAUUUCUCGCUGUUUUAGCCGUCACUGGUUUAGAGAAGAAGAAGAAGGAGGAGAAGAUGCCAGCUAACGGAAAGCCACAGUGAGGAGAGACAAAUAAAUCUAAAAAAAAAAAGUGUUGUGAACAUGUACAGCAGUAACCAUGAUGACCUUUGCUUUCUGAUUGGUCCAGGUUUGUCUGAGGUGCCGUUCACCCAGUAACACAAGUGGUGCCCUUGGUCAUAGUAUCUCUGCUUCCUGCUAACUGAAUAAGAAUCCCGGGACAGCAGUAUUGGUAGCAGUUUGGAUUUAAACACACUAUGUUGGAUUUUUAAUCAGCACAUGAUGCACAGAAAAGUUAGGCAAGAAAGCACUGCGGCAUGUCUGCGUGAGUGUCACAGAGUGCAGUGAGAAAAACUGGUUGGUUUGUGGGGUUAGCUAAACUACGCUGCAUGAUGCCAGGGUUAGUGCUGGUCCUUUAUUACAGUUUCACUCAGUCACAGUUUCACUCAGUCACUUGUGUGAAAUAUGUAACGUUUGUUGUCCCCAAAAUGUAUUAACUUGCAAUAUGAUCGCAGAUGUGUUAAAUCUUUGUUCCCUAUACAUGAUCUGACGAUGCGGAGGAGGGAAUGUGUUUAGAGUAGGUAGACGGGACUAAGAUAUAAGAUAUGAUGUGUUUUUUUUAAAGGUUGGAGGUGGAGCCCUGCGUUAUUCUACUCACUACACACAUGAAUUUAGAGUCUCGAUUCGUUGUAGCAAUAAGUGCUUCUGUGAGGUGCUGGGCAACAUGUUGACACAAUCACACACAGACAGGCCGACCAUGUACAUUUUAUGGACUGUAUUUCUAAAUCAAAAAGGUGCUAGCUGAAUAACAGGAAUAUGUUUUUUGCGUUUUGCUUUAAGGGGCAGUUGAGGUCAUUUUACCACAAAGGCAACAAAUUGCCAUCAAAUUACUCACAAGAGCUGUUUCUUUAUUCGUUGACGCAGUGGAGUCCAAAGAACCAAUCAAGUUACCAUUUCAAAUUACUACUUUGCUCUUGGUUUCUUAUCAGUUUUGUGGUAAUUCUGCACCAUAACACAAAGUGCAACCACAGCAGCAGCUCUGGGAAACUUGAAUUCAGCUCUUACAGACAUAAAGGGAGACUUUCUUGAAGGUAGCAGGCUGAUAAAGACGCAUUCCUCCAGCUUCUGAGAAAAGUGAAGUGUGAAUAGACACAACGCACACAAUAGAGUCUUUGUCUUUGAAAGAAAUGAACAGAAGCACGGAGUGUGUCGAGAAUGAUACAGGGAGAUAAUAAUUGCUGUUUGAUUAACCCUGCCGUCUUCAAAUGCCAUACAGGGAAGCUCCUCAGAUAUUUCCUGCCUGGCAGUAACUGACAGAGGCACUUCCAAAGAUAGCCAUGACCCUCAGAGUGCCUCUCUAUGUACAGAUGAUGGGACGAGUGGAUCCAGGCAGGUUGUGGCGCACCCAGUCCCUCUCUCCCUCCAUCUAUCCAUCCAUCUAUCGCUUUCAUCCACCCAGCCGUCUGCAAACACGUCUUGAAAUGUUUCCUGAUGAAAGGUGACAGAGCUGAGAGACAAGCCUCUGCUGCCAUCGGAUGCUCCCGAUGAAUGACUAAGUGAGAAAUGAAUGGCACAUGAUGCACUUUAGACCUAUAGAAAUGGACCUCAGUCAUGUAUUUCUGAACGACCUGUAUCGUACACGCAGUGCAUGGCUGCUUACUAGUGGUGCAUGAUGCAAAGAAUGUAUACUCAGAGCUUCAGAUGUAGAUUUUUAAUUCAGAAAAUGGGAACGGAAAGAUGCUGUUAUUUUUUUAUAUUCACCGAAAAAAAACUUUAGCUUUCUUAUGUUCAUUGCCUUUAUCUGCACGGACAGUGUGGCGGAGUCUUGUCUCUCAGUUCAGGAACUUUCAUAAGCGUGGACAUUCCAAUCAGAACUGUAGACCUAUUCAUCCUUUCUAAACUGCAUGAGUGUGUUAUCUGUAAAGGAGCAAAGAGAAUUGUAUGGAGUAAAAUUGGUGCAGUAAUUAUUUAACUGUGUAGAUAGAUGACAAAUGUGAAGAAACUUGUGGGAAAAAAAGUGCAUUUAUAAUUAAAGUUUUGGAAAAAAGUGCAUUUAUAAUUAAAGUUUUAUAUAGAUAUAACUAAAGUCAUAUUUAUGCAUAUUAUAUAUAUAUUUGCCUGUCAAACUGAAUAGACAGCUCAGAUUUGUUCCCCAGGUAAAAUGACGUCAUUUUCCCACUAGAGCUCAGUUUGGGAACAAAUCUGAAGUUCUGUGUAUGUAUAUAUAUAUAUAUAUAUAUAUAUAUAUAUAUAUAUAUAUAUUGAAAUGCACACCGCUACGUUCCACAGGCACAAGAUCGGUGUUGUUUUUGUUGUUUUGUUUCUAAACACUUGAGUGAUACAACAAUGUCAAUUUGUGCAUAGAGAUGUACAAAUGUAAAUGUAUUUGCAGUGCACAAAUCUUGAAUUACAAGUGUACAAUUUUUGUUUUCACUUCACGAAACCUUAUUCACAUUUGCCAUUCUUCUAAAACACGUAAAUAAUCACGGCACUAAUUUAACUCCAUAGAGUGUAUCUCGUCGUGCUGGCGUGACCUGUCACUAAUCUUCCUGUUAAGACUAGCGAUGACAGGCAGGUGCAGACGCACUCUGAUGCAGUUCUUCACUCCAGCACUACGAAUGUGAGUGGUGAUGGACAGUGAUUUUUCAUUUUCCUGACCCAUCCUGAACUCACUCUGUGGCUUAACAUGAAAUGAGCUCAUCUACAGACUAAUGUGACAUCAUGUGAUAAUUGAGCCUGGGUGUGUGAGUCAUGAGUUACCAGGUGAAAUCUUCAUUCCCUUAAAAAUGGGAAACCAAUCAGCACUUUCCUUCACUGCCGUACCUUAAACAACUCACCCUGCCCUCAGUGCCAUCACCUUCCCAGUCUAACCCCAACCUCCUAGGAUAGGGAUUCUACAGUAUGGUUUAUUGAUUGAUGUAUUGAUUAAUUGUUUAUUCUCUGAAGAUGAAUCCCAGCGUCAGCUUGUGCUUGCAGGUGUUUUUUUAUGGUGUCUGAUGAUAGGAAAUGAAGAUUUCAGCUGGAACACAGACGGCUUGUUUCCCCUCCCCUGGCAUGUACCUUUUGUAUUUUUUCUACCUACCAUGCUCCCGUUUAGUUUAGUUGUCUUUUAUUAAGCUCUUGUUUCUCUGAUGUUUACGAGAAUGUGUAUUUUCAUGGUUUUAUAUUGUAUAUUUGGUUUUCUUACGUCUUGUAUCACAGUAUAGCCAUUGUCGUCGGUAUUUCAAGUCAUUUUGUUUCAACUGAAAGGAAAAAAAGACAGAUCAAUAUAUGAAGCAAAAUAAACACAAUAAUUUGUA